UUUCACUCUGAUUGCCACCUUUUGUGCCUUUUGUCUACGAGAAAGAACCCAAAACAAUGGAAAGAAAUACCUGUUCUCCUCUUGAUUACUACUCCUUCCUCCUGGCGAUCACCACGACAUCCAACAAAGCUAAGAAGAGAUGGCGCUUUGCGUGUUUCGCAAUAUACUCCCACCGAGUCAUGCUCUCCCUUGCCAAAGAGAUCCUGUCCCGUAGGAGCUGCACCGAUCCUAACAUCUCAUGCAGUGUCAGUCAUUCCAACACUGCCCUCGACAUUCGAUUGGUUAGUCCGAAUCACCCGACUAAUCCUGACAUAUCAUGCAGUCAUUCUCACACUGUCGUCGACAUUGAGUUGGUUAGUUCAGAGCACCCGACUGAUCCUGACAUAUCAUGCAAUCAUUCUGCCCUCAACAUUGGGGUGGUCGGUCUGGAGCACCCGGCAUCAAUGAUCGCCAAUGUCCCAUUGGUCUCAAGUGCCGAUCACAUGAAACUCAUCGAGUUGGUCAAGGACAAGGACCUCGCGACUCUUUGUCAGGUUGGCGGAGUCGAAGGCAUCGCGGCCAGUCUUGGUACGGAGAAGGACAGGGGGAUUAGAGGGCAUGCCUCUGAUGUCACCAUGCGGCGGGAUACAUUUGGUUCAAACACUUAUCAAAAGCCGCCUCCAAAAGGGCUAUUACAUUUCGUGAUAGAUGCAUUUAAAGACACCACGAUCCUCAUUCUACUAGUUUGCGCAGGCCUUUCUCUUGGCUUCGGCAUGAAAGAACACGGGGUACAAGAAGGGUGGUAUGAAGGCGGAAGCAUAUUCGUUGCCGUCUUCCUGGUCAUAGCUGUCUCCGCUUUCAGUAACUAUAGACAGGAGACGCAGUUUGACAAGCUAUCCAAGAUAAGCAACAACAUAAAAGUCAAUGUCGUAAGAGACGCUCGACCUCAACAGACUUCCAUUUUUGACGUGGUGGUCGGGGAUGUCGUCUUGCUAACUAUUGGCGACCAGAUUCCUGCGGAUGGGUUAUUCUUGGGCGGCCAUUCCUUGCAAAUUGAUGAGUCGAGCAUGACAGGAGAGAGCGACCAUGUUGAAAUCGAUCCGGAUCGGAAUCCAUUCUUAUUUUCCGGCUCUAAGGUGGUUGAUGGAUACGCUAGGAUGCUCGUGGUGUCAGUCGGAAUGAACACUGCGUGGGGCGAGAUGAUGAGCUCCAUAUCUGGAGAUUCAAAUGAAAGAACGCCAUUGCAAGCUCGGUUAGACAAACUAACCUCUUCCAUCGGAAAGGUAGGCCUCGCUGUAGCCUUUCUAGUCCUUGUUGUGCUGUUAGUCCGUUAUUUUACUGGGAACACUAAAGAUGAGGAAGGAAAUAAGGAGUACAAUGGUAGCAAAACUAGUACGGAUGACAUAUUGAAUGCGGUCGUACAAAUUGUUGCCGCUGCUGUCACGAUAGUCGUGGUGGCAAUCCCUGAAGGCUUGCCCCUGGCCGUAACGCUCACGUUGGCAUAUUCCAUGAAGAGGAUGAUGGCGGACCAGGCGAUGGUCAGAAAACUUUCUGCUUGCGAGACCAUGGGCUCGGCCACUGUAAUCUGUACGGACAAGACCGGCACACUAACGUUGAAUAAGAUGAAGGUAACUCAAUUUUGGUUGGGGGAAGAAUCCAUUGGAGAAGAUCACGACAGCAUAAUUGCCCCCGAUGUUGUUAAGCUAUUCCAUCAAGCUGUUGGACUAAACACUACAGGUAGUGUGUUUAUGCCUUCAUCAGUAGCUGAACCCGAAAUUUCUGGUAGUCCUACUGAAAAAGCAAUUCUUUCUUGGGCUUUCUAUUCAUUGAAUAUGCAAAUGGAAGAAAUCAAGAAGAAAUACAACAUUCUUUAUGUCGAAACUUUCAACUCAGAAAAGAAACGCAGUGGCGUCCUCAUAAAUGAGAAGAGCGAUGCCACCAUGUAUGUGCAUUGGAAAGGAGCUGCCGAGAUGAUUCUAGCCAUGUGCUCAACUUACUAUCAAAUUGAUGGUAACAUACAAUGCAUGGACGAUGCUGCAAGAAGAAAUUUUGAGAAAAUAAUCCAAGGUAUGGCAGCUAGUAGCCUCAGAUGCAUUGCUUUUGCUUACAAGCAAGCCAGGGACGGUGGAUUCCAAUACGAUGAGAAGGACAAGAGAAUGCUGCGCGAAGAUGGCUUGACACUACUAGGAAUAGUUGGCAUCAAGGACCCGUGCCGACCAGGGGCCAAGAAAGCUGUAGAAACUUGUUUAGCAGCUGGAGUGGACAUAAAAAUGAUCACUGGAGAUAAUGCCUUCACAGCAAAAGCAAUUGCGAUUGAGUGCGGGAUUCUUGGUCGAGAUACUGAAAAUCAUGGCAUAGAGGUGGUGGAGGGUUCAGAGUCAAACUACACCGACGAUGAGAGAAUGCAAAAAGUCAAUCAAAUCCGUGUUAUGGCUAGGUCUUCCCCUUUCGACAAGUUGCUGAUGGUGCAGUGCCUGAAAAAUAAGGGCCAUGUGGUCGCGGUCACCGGAGAUGGUACAAAUGAUGCACCAGCACUAAAAGAAGCAGAUAUUGGACUUUCCAUGGGCAUUCAAGGAACUGAGGUUGCCAAAGAGAGUUCCGACAUUGUCAUAUUGGAUGACAAUUUCACCUCCCUUGUGACGGUAUUAAGAUGGGGGCGAUGUGUUUACAACAAUAUCCAGAAAUUCAUACAGUUUCAACUAACGGUAAAUGUUGCUGCUUUGGUAAUUAAUUUCAUUGCAGCAGUUUCAGCAGGUGAGGUUCCUUUAACUGCAGUGCAAUUACUAUGGGUAAAUCUCAUCAUGGACACACUAGGUGCUCUUGCCCUCGCUACAGAGCGACCAAGCGAUGAAUUGAUGGAGAAAUCACCUGUAGGUCGUACAGAACCACUCAUAACCAAUGUGAUGUGGAGGAAUCUCCUAGCCCAAGCACUUUACCAGAUAGCAGUCCUCCUGACCCUGCAAUUCAGGGGCGAGUCCAUAUUCAAUGUCAGUGCAGGGGUGAAUGAUACUUUAAUUUUCAAUAUUUUCGUGCUUUGCCAAGUUUUUAAUGAAUUCAACUCAAGGAGCUUAGAGAAGCAGAAUGUAUUCAAAGGCAUUCAUAAGAAUCACUUAUUUAUUGCAAUUAUUGGGAUUACGAUUGUGCUUCAAGUGAUUAUGGUGGAGUUUCUGAAGAAGUUUGCCGAUACCGAGAGACUAAAUUGGUGGCAAUGGGCGGCUUGCAUUCUGCUGGCGGCAGCAUCUUGGCCAAUUGGUUGGUUGGUGAAGUUAAUACCCGUAUCAAGUAAGCCAUUCUUUAGUUAUCUUAAGAAGUCAUGGCUGGGAUUCACAAAGCUGAUGCAAAACAUUUUCCGAAGAAAGCCGUCUACCUUUAUGCUUGGCAACACCUGCCAGAAUGCACAAGAAUAACUCUAUAGAAAACUUGGUUCUAGGUCGCUGUCUUUCUCCAAGUAGGUUCUUGACAUAGCACCUUGGAUGUGCAUGCUGGCCUUCAAGUCAAUAGGUUAAUUACUGCGGAUGGACGGAGGUCUGUUAAGCAUGGUUCCUGGCGAGAAAUACAACAGACGAUGGGCCAAGUCAUCCCUUCAGCAGUCCCAAGACCUUUAUAGAUCUCACCCACGCUGGUCAUCAUUGUAAGAUCACCAUCACUCUCGUCUCAAUUCGAUCUGUUUUUAGCUUCAUUCUAGACUUGGCUUAGUUUCCUGAUCAACUUUGUUUUCUUUCUUUCAGUGAGUUCUUGACAUAGCACCUUCGAUGUGCAUGUUGGCCCUCAAGUCAAUAGGUUGAUUACCGCAGAUGGAUGGAGGUCUCGAGUUUCUGUGAAGUUCUAAGCAUGGAGAAAUGGGACUAUAUUUGGUAAAUAGCUCGCACAUCCCUUAAGAGUAUGUCAUGCGGCCUCUUGAGUCAACUUAGGAAAGUGCCACAGCUCCUAGUCAUGAGGGUCAUGUGGGCUAUUCUAGAUGUAGUCCUCUUUCUCCAUGCCAAGAACGCAGGAUGACACAAGAGCAUCAAGCUCAACGGAACAAUUAUCAAGCUCAACUCAUGUUUUGUUGAUUUUAAGGUCUUAUUGACUACCUAGCAACUUGCGGCUAUUCUGGUAAAUUUCCAUUGUUGAUUGCUGAUCUUCUAAGAUGGUAUUCGGCUUCCAAGGCGGGUGAAAGAAAUUAAAGAGUAAUAAUAGUCACUAAUGCAUUUGGUCAUAGUUAAAUUCAUUUAGUUCUUGUUAAAUGCAUUUAGUCCUAAUUGUCAUAAGUCUUUGUUAUGAUGUCAGUUUUAAUUAUGUGAACACUCCAAUAGUCAUUUCGAUUUCUAGGAUUCCAAGGGUCACUUUCUCUUGUUUAGCAGAAUCUUUCUAUAAAUGGAGGUGUAGUCUCAUUUGUAUGACAAACAAUAUUUGAAUGUAAUGAAUACUUGCAAUUUUCCUCAA